UUCAACUACGCGUGCAGUCCAACCAGGCAACCAGCAGUAUAUUUCAACACAGCUGCAAUUUGCUGCUCUGGAUGAAUUAAAAUAAUAGGUAGAGGCUGAAUUGUGCUUCUACGUUUGAUCGGGGAAUGGUCACGUGCAAAGCGGAUAUAUGCAAUCGUUACAAAUGAGGGUAUCACGUGAGCGUUUGCCCGGAAGUAUUGAAAAACGCUACCCAUACACCCCGAGAACAUAGAGCAUAAGCUUAACUAAGCCGGCGUCAUGGAGUACAACCGUUGAGUUGAAGUAUGCAGUCAGUAGUAGAAGCAAAGUCGAAUAGACUAUCAGAGGAAAGACAUCGGUCUAGAAAUGAUGGAAAUACGAUAAACUGCGUCUGUCUAUGCCAGCAAAUCGCACAGCUCUCUUCGGUUAACGAAACCGUACAUCAACUGGCCAGUAGUCAGCAAAGCAUAAUGUACGAUUUAAUCAAAUUACACAAUCUCAUGACGGAGCAAGGUCAUAAGGAAAAGAGGAAUGAAAAUCUAUCUGACCGAAAGGUUCUGCGUGAUUUGGAAGGUGAUGGAGGACUCCUAUUUUCGGAUUUCCCGCAAACAGAUUCAUCGGAAGAGCAGCAAAUCCAACAGACGUACAUAUGCACGACGAAUCGCGGAUCACAAACCGAAGAGAAACAUAACACAUUGGCGGUAUCGCGGUCUCAGGUUUGUCAUCGGAGUACUCAAACCCCAGCAGCCGAAGUGCAGCGAACACCAGCUUACCGAUCUUCUGAGCCAUCAUUACCAAGGGUAGAUGUCUCAGCCAAUCGCAGUAAGCCAGCAGUAUACAACGAUCUAUCGUCGGUGGAAGCAACAGCGCAAUUAUGUCAAACGGAUAGCACUCCAAGAAUAACCGUGGAGCCCAAGUCAUCAACCAGAGUAGAAGUGUCCAAUGGAGAAAUAAAGAUCAAACUUGAAGCAGGUCCUGUUCAAGAGUCUUUACCGCCGAAGACAAACUGCAUGAAAAAAAGUCAAAAGAUAAACUAUGAGUUUGGCACCGAAUUUGUACCACAGUUCCUUGAUUUUCGCAAUCAUGCGGGGUGUCCAGCCAAUCGAAACAUACGCCGUAUGAGCGACACACAACAGCAGUCGCUUAACUUUUAUAUUUGGACUGUGGAGAACUUUACCGCCGCGUAUCAGGCUGAAAGUGAGGUCUGCAGUGAACCAUUUUAUCUAGGCCAACCUGGAUAUAGAAUGUGUACCAAGUUGGAAUUCACGAAUCGUUUCAUGGGGAUCUACGUUCAACUGGUUUGCGGGCAGUUUGAUAGUAGUCUGAAGUGGCCGUUUCGGGAAGAUAUUCAAUUUAUUCUAGUCGAUCAAACAGCUCGAGGCAGAAAUCUAGCUAGGACACUGAAACCAUACCCGGAUGAUGAAGAUGAACAUGGUAUCUGGGAUCGCCCUUGGGAAACCCAGACAUCAUCAGCAGAAAAUACAGCAUGGGGUGUACCAGACUUUGUUCCCCGUUCAAUGCUUUUGGAUGACAGUGGGAGAGCUACGGACUAUGUUCGUAAUAACAAAAUAUACAUCGCCAUACGGCUACUAUAGCGUUGCUCAACUUUCUUUAUAAGUGAAGGACAUCCUUUCUUGGAUCAGAUCAAAUCAUCUGAAGGCUUCAGAUACCUUCAGGGCUCUCCGACAUCUCUGACACCGGAAGAUGGCUUUUCAACUUAAAGAUCGUGGAUAUAGAGCCAAAAUUGCGGGAUGCUCCUCCGCACCCUUCCGAAAAGAUAGAUAACGAAGGGUGAAAUUCGUACCGCCAUCGUUACAGAAGCUAAAAUUGGGUGUAUAUCUGUUCCACAAAAUUGCCCACAGACACAUACACACCAACGCUAUCAACCGGGAAUCCAAGAACCUUGAGCUUGCCAUCUACACUAUACUGUUAUAGAUCACGUCCAGGGUGCAAUUUCUUUACUCUUAAAUGUCCUAUGAUUUAGGAUCGAUUGUCCAACGUUGCCAGAACUCCACCUUCAACUAUCUCAAAUGCAUUUAAAAUGUUUC